AUUUAAGUCUGACAGACUACACUACCAUAGCAUCCAGCUCUCGCUCUCUCUCUCUGUCACACACACACACACACACACAGACGGGAAGGUCUCUCUCUCUCUCUCUGUCACACACACACACACACACAGAGAGACGGGAAGGACUACCUACUUGGAAUAGUUCCACUGCAGAGUUCCUAUAUACCCCCACUAGAGUCUAGACUUGUAUACGCUAAUACGCAGACAGCACAGAGUUACAACUCUUGCUUACAACUUGUUUCCAAAGAUGCUUACAGCUCAACCAACCCUCCCUGGCAAGCCAGACCCCUCCGCCGCCACCCGGCGCACGGCGGCGAUCUGCGGAGGGACCCAUGUUCCGGGUUUCCAGUUCAAGGUCAAGGAGAAGAGUCGUCGGGGUUUGGUCCGGGCGGUGAUCAGCGGCGGCGACAACAAGACUCGGGAGAAAUUAUCAUCAGAUCAUGAGUACAAUAAUGGGUCUGUGUUUUCUUCUCCCAGUGGCGCGUGGAUCGACGUGAGGGCAGUGAUAACGAUUAGGAAGAAGAUGAAGGAGAAGAUUAAUGACAAGAUUGAGGAUCAGUGGGAGUGGUUCGUGAAUGGGAUUGGUCAGGGGAUACUGAUCCAGCUCAUCAGUGAAGAGAUUGAUCCUGUGACCAAGUCAGGAAAGAGCAUUGAAUCUUAUGUAAGGGGCUGGUUGCCUAAGCCACUAAGCCAUCCUUACCUUGUCACCUAUGCUGCUAACUUCCGGGUGCCAUCUGACUUUGGAUGUCCUGGGGCUAUUCUCAUUACCAAUUUCCACGGAAAGGAGUUCCACUUGAUGGAGAUUGCUGUUCAUGGUUUUAAACAAGGCUCUUUAUUUUUCCCUGCUGAUACAUGGAUACAUCCACAGAAUGAUAAUCCUGAAAGCAGAAUUAUCUUCACAAAUAAGACAUAUUUACCGUCACAAACACCUCCUGGAAUUAAAGAUCUUCGACGUGAAGACUUGCUUAGUAUUCGAGGCAAUGGGAAAGGCGAGAGGAAAAUGCAUGAGAGAAUAUUUGAUUAUGCCCCUUAUAAUGAUUUGGGUAAUCCUGACAAAGGCGAGGAUUUAGCUAGGCCAGUCCUAGGAGAUGAGGAGAGGCCUUAUCCUAGGCGCUGUCGAACUGGACGACCUCCGACUAAGUCAGAUCCAUUUUCUGAGAGUAGAAUUGAGAAGCCCCAUCCUGUAUAUGUUCCCCGUGAUGAAACUUUUGAGGAAAUUAAGCAGAACACUUUCUCUGCUGGAAGAUUGAAAGCUCUGUUACACAAUCUGAUACCUUCUAUUGCUGCUUCUUUGUCGAGUACCGAUAUCUCCUUCAAGUGCUUUUCUGAGAUUGAUAAGUUAUACAACGAUGGUGUUUUUUUGAAAGAUGAAGACGAAAACAUAACUGAGAAGCAGUUUGUAGCCAACUUGAUGAGAAGGGUCGCAACGGUUGGGCAAAGGUUGUUGAAGUAUGAAGUACCAGCCAUAAUUAAAAGGGAUAGAUUUGUGUGGCUGCGGGAUAAUGAGUUUGCACGCCAAACGCUAGCAGGGGUCAACCCAGUGGGCAUUGAACUAUUGAGGGAGUUUCCGCUUCUCAGCAAACUAGAUCCAGCAGUUUAUGGUCCACCGGAGUCUGCAAUAACAAAAGAUUUGAUAGAACAAGAAUUACUUCAGCAUGGAAUGAGCGUUGAUGAGGCUAUCGAGAAAAAGAAGUUAUUUAUACUCGAUUAUUACGACAUGGUUUUGCCAUUUAUCGAGAAGAUGAACUCCUUGCCUGGGAGAAAAGCUUAUGCCUCGAGGACAAUUUUCUUCUACACCCGUACUGGGUUUUUAAGGCCAAUUGCUAUUGAGCUUUCACUUCCUCCAACAUCUUCUUCACCAGGAAACAAACGUGUUUACACUCAUGGACAUGAUAAUACUACUCAUUGGAUUUGGAAGCUAGCCAAAGCUCAUGUUUGUUCGAAUGAUGCUGGGGUCCAUCAACUAGUGAACCACUGGUUGAGGACUCAUGCUUGCAUGGAAUCUUACAUAAUUGCUACUCAUAGGCAGCUUAGCUCAAUGCACCCUAUCUACAAGCUGCUCCAUCCUCAUAUGCGCUACACUCUAGAAAUCAACGCUCUUGCAAGACAAAGUCUAAUAAACGGUGGGGGAAUAAUCGAGGCUUGUUUUAGUCCUGGAAAGUAUUCCAUGGAAAUAAGUUCUGCUGCCUACAAGAGUAUGUGGCGAUUCGAUAUGGAAGCUCUGCCAGCAGAUUUAAUUCGGAGGGGCAUGGCUGUGGAGGAUCCUUCAAUGCCCUGUGGCAUAAAACUUGUGAUUGAAGACUACCCUUAUGCAGCAGAUGGUCUUCUCAUAUGGUCAGCUAUAAAAGACUUGGUAGAGUCCUAUGUUCGCCACUUCUACUCUGAACCCAACUCAGUCACAUCUGACAUUGAGCUCCAAUCGUGGUGGAAUGAGAUAAAAAACAAGGGCCACUACGAUAAAAGGAACGAGCCUUGGUGGCCAAAACUCAACACAAAAGAGGACUUAUCCGGGAUUUUAACCACGAUGAUUUGGAUCGCUUCAGGCCAACAUGCGGCUAUAAAUUUUGGGCAAUACCCAUUUGGAGGGUAUGUUCCUAACCGUCCAACCAUAAUGAGAAGACUCAUUCCUCAAGAAGAUGAGCCUGAAUAUGAGAAGUUCAUGCAAAACCCUCAACAAACUUUUUUAUCCUCUUUGCCAACUCAACUCCAAGCGACAAAAGUAAUGGCGGUCCAAGACACUUUGUCAACUCACUCUCCAGACGAGGAGUAUCUGGGUCAGGUGCACAAUAUUCAGGGUCAACGUAUCAAUGACCAUGAAGUUCAAAAGCUGUUUGAGAAAUUUUCCUCUAAAUUAGAGGAGAUUGAGAAGACGAUUCAUGGUAGAAAUAAGGAUAGUCAUCUAAGGAACCGAACUGGUGCUGGUAUUCCUCCGUAUGAACUGCUUCUUCCGUCAUCGGGCCCCGGGGUGACUGGUCGUGGCGUCCCCAACAGCAUCUCCAUUUGACAAUGGCGUUGAGUCUCAAUUUUCCUCCUUUACUAUUUAGGUACCGAUCCUUGAUUUGUCAGUAUUUGAUUUAAUAAGUGGCAGGAGGCUAUGUAGGCUUGUUAAGACGGAAUUUUGUAAAUUAGUUUGAGUAUCAUGUUGUAUUGACGACACAAGGGAUUAAUUUCAAGGGGUUAUAGUAUACACAACUGUUUUUUGGCUGCU